UAUUGCCAAAAUAGUAUAAAAACUAGUACAUAGUAGAAAAAUGUAUAAAAACACGAACAUGUUCUUUUUCCUGUUUUAUAAUAAUGAAAAUUAAAAGUUAAUUCUUUAUGGAAGAGCCCAAAGAGAUCAAAAAAUUAGAUGAAGUAGUGGUGAACCGGAUAGCAGCUGGCGAAGUUAUACAAAAACCAGCAAAUGCUAUAAAGGAAAUGCUAGAAAAUAGUCUAGAUGCUAGGGCGACUUAUAUUCAAAUAACUGUAAAACAAGGAGGUUUAAAAUUAAUUCAAAUCCAAGAUAACGGGACUGGAAUACGCAAAAGUGAUCUUAAUAUUGUGUGUGAAAGAUUUACGACAUCAAAACUUAAAAGUUUUCAUGAUCUUUCUAAUAUAGCGACCUACGGCUUCCGCGGUGAAGCUUUAGCUAGCAUUAGUCACGUGGCGCAUUUAACAAUUCAAACAAAAACGAAAUCGGAGCCCUGUGCUUAUAAAGCCUCAUAUGAGGAUGGUUUGCUUAAAGGUUCUAUCAAAGCAUGCGCUGGAAAUCAGGGAACAAUUAUAACAGUUGAGGAUCUUUUUUAUAACGUACCACAAAGAAAAAAAGUUUUGAAAUCGCCAAAUGAAGAAUUUCAAAAAAUAUCGGACAUAGUCUGUAAGUAUGCUGUACACAACUCCAACGUAGGUUUUGUCCUCAGGAAAUCAGGUGAAAAUCCGGCAAUAAAAACGAAUCCAAAUAGCACUGCAGACAGCAACAUUCGACUCAUAUUUGGAAAUAGUAUUGGGAAAGAUUUAAUAAGAAUCGAAGUGAAUGAGAGCUAUUUAAAAUUCAAAGCUGAAGGAUGGAUAUCUAACCCAAAUUAUUCAGCAAAAAAGGGAAUUAUGCUCCUGUUUAUUAAUCACCGAUUAGUCGAAUCACAAGCUUUAAAAUUUGCUGUUGAUUCUGCAUAUGCUACCUAUUUACCAAAAGGUGAAUUUCCCUUUAUUUAUAUUAGCUUAGAUUUGGAGCCAACUUCAGUAGAUGUAAACGUUCACCCUACUAAACAUGAAGUUCACUUUUUAAAUGAAGAUGAAAUCAUUGAAAAAAUUAAAAAUCAUAUAGAAUCUAAAUUAACUGGUUGCAAUAGCGCAAGAAUUUUUUAUAGACAGCAACGGUUACCAGGUGUUGGUAAUGAUGCUAUUGCCAAAGAAAAUGAAAAGUCAGGAAAUUCUGUUAAAAUAAAACCAGAAAAUUUUGUUAGAACUGACGCAAAUGUUCAAAAGUUGGACAAAUUUCUUAUUUCAGAGCAAGCUAUAAAAAUGAAAGGAAACAGUGAACUGAAUUUAAAAUUUUCAAAAGCACCUUGCUAUAACAAAAAUAAAAAAGAAACUAAAUUGACAAGUAUUUUAAAUAUGCGUAAAAGUAUAGAGAAUCGUUGCAGUACAAAGUUGAGGAGUAUAUUUAAAGGAAUGUGUUUUGUUGGAGUAGUUAAUGAAAAAUACAGUACAUUUCAGUACGAAAAUGGUUUAUAUUUAUGUGACACCAUAAAGGCCAGUACUCAUCUAUUCUAUCAAUUCUUGUUAUACGAAUUUCAAAAUUUUAAGAAAAUUGAAUUCAAACCUUCAAUAUCAAUUUAUGACAUGGCUUUAAUAGCGCUAGACACAAAAGAAAGUGGGUGGACUGAGGAAGAUGGGGAAAAAACUUUUUUGGCUGACAUUGUUAAAAACAAGCUGAUAGAAAAUUCCCCAAUAUUGGAAGAAUAUUUUAAUUUAAAAAUAACAGAAGACGGAAUGUUGGAAUCUCUACCGCUUUUAUUAGAGCACCACAAACCUUCAUUAGAAAAACUACCAAUAUACAUUUUAAGAUUAGCUACUGAUGUAGAUUGGGAAUGCGAAGAAAUAUGUUUUAAAGGAUUUUGUCAACAAACAGCUGAAUAUUAUGCUUUUGUUCCGCACAUAGCUAAUUUGAAUGCAUCACAUAAGUAUUAUGUUGAACACAUUUUGUACCCCGCUAUGAAAAAAUAUCUGAUACCGAGCAACAGUUUUAAAAAUUAUUUAUUUGAACUAACCACUUUACCUACGCUUUAUAAAGUUUUUGAGAGAUGCUAA